GUCUCUGCUUUUUGGAAUUUAGACAGCUUCUCUCAAACAACUGCCCGGUAAAAUUUUGGAACUUUUGAUCUGUUGAGGGAGUGACAUUGAAGUACUGGUCUGCAAAUGUGAAGAGCUCUGACAGAGAAUAGUGGUGUUGUAUUGUGAUUUAGGUGUUCAAAGUCAACAAAAAUCUGAUUGUUGGUUUAGUAACUGGAAGAAUUUUGUGAAGCAUGGAAGCAAGAGAAAAUAUGAGUGCAGGAGUGACAGUGAUCGGAGCUGAGGCUCCAUCCAACUACCAUGUAGCGGCAAGGACCGAAAAUAUGGCCGGAAAUCCAACGGUGGUUGAGCCGCCAAUGGCUGCUGGAGUGGCAGAAACAAUGGGAAAGAAAAAACGGGGUAGACCAAGGAAGUAUGGCCCAGAUGGUGCACUUUCGAGGGCGUUGUCCCCAAUUCCAAUUUCAUCAUCAGCUCCACCAGCAUCCACCGGUAACUUCUCAGCCAACAAACGGGGUAGAGGGCGUCCAAUUGGUUCGGAGAACAAGCAGAAGGAGAAAAUGGAUUUGGAUAAUUCAGGUGAUUUGGUGGAUUGUUCUGCUGGGACAAAUUUUAUGACUCACAUGAUCACUGUUAACAAAGGAGAGGAUAUUACCAUGAAGAUUAUCUCAUUUACUAAGCAAGGACCUCGAGCUAUUUGCAUCAUCUCUGCUAUUGGUUUAAUUUCAAAUGCUACUCUUCGACAUCCUGAUUCUUCUGGUGCUACAUUGACCUAUGAGGGAAUAUUCGAAAUUAUAACAUUAUCAGGAUCAUUCACCCCCACAGAGGUAGGGGCAAACAGAGUCGGCAGAAUGGGGGGCUUGAAUGUUUGUUUGUCUAGCCCAGAUGGUCGUGUCAUUGGGGGAACGCUUGCAGGACUACUUGUUGCUGGUGGUCCUGUACAGGUUGUUGCAGCCAGUUUUCUGCCAAGUGGGUAUCAGGAACAGAAGAAGCCAAAGAAACAGAAAACUAACCCUAAUCCGACUCCAAAUGCUCCAACCUCAGCUGCUGUGUUUCCUCCUAAUGUGGACAAUGAUCGCUACAGUACACCGGAGCAAAAUAAUUCUGCAGCUCCGAAGCCAAACCUUUCUUCAUCUUCCAUCCACACAACAAACUGGGCAUCCAUGGAAGCAACACCGGACUUUAGGAAGUCAGCCACUGACAUCAACAUAUCUUGGCAAGGAGAGUAGGCGACAGCCUCACUGACUUGGGUAAUUCGAGGCCUCUGCAUCUUUAUGUUGUAGCAUCGAUUAGAACUCAUUGAUCAUCAGCUAGUGUAGGAUGAACUAUACAACUUUUUAUUCACAUCUUUUCUUUUUCUUUUUUGUUUUCAUUUCAUUACUAUUUAGGCAUGAGAUAUGAAUGGUAUGCUUAUUAUUUAGGACUCUACUGCUGUUGUUAGGUGUAGAACUAUGGAUGUUCUAAACUUA